UUCCCUGCAUCCUUCAGAUUUGAUCAGAUCCUAGACAUGAUAAAAGGUAUUCUGUGUAGCAUUUUCGCUUAUAGAAAUGUUCUAGUUUUAGCACCACGUCGAGGUUCAUCAUUUACCAGCUUCCGCUUUAUUUUCCUCUUCCGAAUUUUGACCAGACCACAUUACCACACAGUUCCCAAGUCUCUAUGUGAAACCAAGCUUAGCUCUUCCAACACCCGGUUUGAUCUACUCGGUACUUUACUCCGUCCAGUGAAUCAACAUGGUUGGAGUCAACGCGGUCCACAGUCCCCCUACGUAAUCGGAUUGGCUGGUCCGUCUGGUGCUGGCAAAUCAGCCUUGGCGAGACGUUUGGCCGGACUUAGUCCUUCUGUUCACGUGAUCGAUUGCGAUCGCUUGGGUCACGAAGCAUAUUUACCGGGAACCAAGUGCCAUCAGGCUCUACUUGAUCACUUCAGUCGCGAUGCGAUCGCGUCACCUGAUCCUCGCCUGGGACGACUGGUUUUCUCCGAUCCGAAGCGUCUAAAGGAAUUGAACGCAAUUGUGUGGCCUGAAAUUGAAAGUCGAGUUCGAGAACUUCUUUGUGAGAUCGAAUCAAACUCGCGCGUGGUUGUGCUCGAUGCUGCCGUGUUGCUUCAGGCAAAAUGGGAUCUCAUACCCAGCCACCUUGAUUGCCGGUAUCACUCGUUUGCAGUCAGAGUGUUAUGUGCUCCUACAGUUGAACUAUUUAAAUCGCAACUUGAUAAAGCAUUGGAACACUUAAAAUUUCAACAUCCGUGA